AUGGACACAAAUCGAGACAGAACGCCGCGGGCGGAAAGAAGGCAAAUGCCUGCCUUAUUGCCUGAUCUCAAGCUUUCAGCCUUAGUACACAACUCCACCACCUGCUUCUCGACAACAACGACGAUCGACUCCACAACCAUAUGCUACAACACUUGCGAUCAAGCGCUGCCAGUAUUCAGUGACACUCUUGACUACUCACAGCAUGUUCGAGCGCCAUGGCUGUGGACUCGAUCUGAACACGAACCCACCUACACCGACGACUUCUGUACUAGCGCCGAAUUCUCAGACCCCUCCGUACAAGAACUAAGCGAGCCGUCCUGGCUCCAAAAGCCUCGUCAAGCUCCCAUACCUGACCAUAUAGCACUCUCAGAUCUAGAAUUGAUACCACCUUCGCAUGACUAUGGAGACCUCAAUCCGUUAGUUGAUUGGUGUGACAACGCCGACUCUGCCGUCCAUCUGAGUUCGACGUCUCCAACACUGAGUCCGAGGUGGACGGACGACUCCUCGCUCACUUCCCUUCAUGAACGAUCGCCUGCCCCUCAAACAUGCAAAACUUCCAUACAAUCAGGAAGGAGCCUACCUCAUGGGCGCAUGGACCCCGCGAGGCGCUGGCUUCAUGCCCACCCGUUCGAUCAAUAUCCUACAGCCAAACAGAAGGUAGAGCUUGCGGCUACUGCUGGCAUGACAAUCCCCCAGUUGAAUCGCCGGUUAACCAAUCUUAGAAAGCGUGAUAGACACGUACUCGAUGAACUGUGUAAUGACUUAGACGCUAACGUCAACACUUCUGGUGCUUCUCACCAUCAAACCUCGCUUGAAACUGCCGUCAAUUCAAGGCGGAAGGGCAAGAGACGCCGCGCAAGCACAUUGUCCGUUGCUGUUCCGAGCUUGGAUAUCGUUUAUACAGCACUGACAAGAUCUCGUAUCAGUGCUUCUUCGCGUGAAGUAUUGCUAGGGGCCGACGAGGAAAAUGUUCCUGAGUACAGUUCAAGCAAUGUUGAUUUUGAAAGCUUCUUCGAUGCUGCUAGCACCAUCGCGCAUGUCGACGAUCUCUUUGACGACUUGACCUACGGCUCUCCUUGCGGUCGCUAUGUAUGCCCAAGUGACAUAGUGAUCGACAAAGCUUUUACUGUUCCCAGCCUCGAUGCGCAGCUAUCUCCGCCUGUCUUCGAUGUCGAUCACUCUGAUACCGUGCAAAAGCAUGUAGAUUCGGCAAAUCCUUGGGGAAGGCACAAUGACUUUGUUACCUACGACAUCUCUGGGGCAUGUGCGCAUGGAGGCGUUUUUGAUCCUGAUAUUUGGAUGCGGAACCAAGGAUUCCCGCAUCUAGACAUCAUCGAUGAGCAAGACAAUUAUCUGCAAACACCACCCCUGCAGCGCGAGCCAUGUCGCAUUGGUUCCAAACCGACUGAACGUCAAAAACGGCCGCAAAUCGUUCGGGACUGGCUUUCAGCCCAUGCAUCUUGGCCGUAUCCCACCCCAGCCGAGAAGACAGAGCUAGUCGCAGCGACCGGAUACACUGUACGUCAACUUAAAAAUUGUUUGAGCAAUCUGCGCACUAGGGAAAAACACCUGUUAGAGGGCCAUGCUAACGGGCAAAACGGCGGCAACGUUACUUGUCGCCGACCAUGCGACGUCACGCCUACGACUUUGGACCACGUACAAUCGACCUCUACAGUCAGCGCAUACCAGAUGUUGCCUUCCAGUUUCACCUCGCCACCUACGACGGACACGAACGAUAGCAGCCAAUGGCCUUCCUCAUUCGAUACAGGCCAUCCUACACCAGACAGUAUCCCCGGUGUUGUGACCCAUAUACACCAAGAAUUCGAAGCAGACUCAGCUUGUCAAACAACCCCCUCAAUAUCUGCCGCUCGAAGCUCUAUUGCAUCGAAGCGCAAGGGCCGGAGGCAUCGCUCACAGACGUAUCAAGCCGGCGUAGGUGAGAACAUGUCCGACAAAAUGUCGAUACCCGUCGCAUCCUUUAGUCUGAGCAAGCCCGAGAAUCGAUUUUUCUGUACUGUGAUUGGAUGCUAUGAAUCAUUCAAGAACGCAUCCGAUUGGAAGAGGCAUGAGGCUGGGGUGCAUGGCUACAGGGACCGGGAGUGGAUUUGCAUGCUGACAGACGCAUUCAAGACGUGUUCUGACUGUAUCUUUUGCCUGGAAGCAAUGGAUUCGAUCGAUCACCUAACCAAACAUGUGAUCGCACCCUGCUCGGACAAGUGUACCACCGAGCGUACAUUUUUCCGGAAGGAUCUCCUCAAGCAGCACGUCUUGCGUGUGCACCUCGCAGGCGAACCUAUCCCAGUCCAAAAGAACUUCGCAGUUCCUCUCGAAUGGUCGAGACAGCUAGAUGCAUCGGCUUAUGAACCUGGCUCCUGCUGGUGUGGCUUCUGUGGGCGGACUUUCGAAUCUGUCACCACGAGGAUGGAUCACGUCGCGCAACACUUCCGUGCCGGCAGGGAUAUGGCGACUUGGAUACGGGCGCGAUGUAAGGGUGAUCGGCUCUUCCUGAAAAGGGUAGGAGCUCAGCUGAAGGCUUGA